AUGAGCAUCAAUUCUAUUAGACUGAUGUCGUCAGUCGAGACAGAGGAACGAGGCGCGUGCACAAAGAGCGCACAACGUCGCGUCGUCUCGUCACUUGACCUAAUUUUCCAGUGUUUCGUCACAACGGGGGUGACUCUGAACCUGGCCGGCCAUGGCGUUGCAAAUGGAUUCGCCGCUGUGCUGGUGCCACAGUUGCGCAGGGCGGACUCGACGAUACCCAUUGACCACUCUACUGGAUCCUGGAUCGCGUCCGUUAUGGGUACCACCUUGGUCAUCGGUAACUUCAUCAUACCAUUUACUAUGGCGAAAUACGGAAGAAGAAUCGCAAACAUGGCUAGUCUGGUCCCUAUGAUCAUGGGCUGGAUAUGCAUAGUUUUAGCAACCAACGUGCCCAUGCUAAUCUUUGCAAGGUUGCUACAAGGCCUCUCAAUGGGCAUGGGAACUACCCUUGGGCCGGUUCUCAUCGGGGAGUAUACCAGCCCGAAGAACAGGGGCGCAUUUCUCACCGUCAUAUCGGUGAUGAUCUCCGCCGGAGUACUAGUUGUGCACACCCUAGGGUGUUAUUUACACUGGCAGACCGCAGCGAUCGUGUGCGCUUUUGUAACUCUAGCUGAUUUCAUCAUCGUUCUGCUAUCUCCAGAGUCGCCAAGCUGGUUAGCAGAUCGAGGGAAGCACGAGGAAAGCAGAAGGGUGUUCAGAUGGUUGCGUGGUGAUGGUGAAGAGACAGAAUUGCGGCGGAUGGUCGAAGCCACCACCGAAAAACAAUCAAAACCUGCGGGGAACAUAUCGCAAUCAAUGUUGCAGACGAUCGUUGCAAAGAUCAGGUACAUAGAAACUAUUUUGAAAAGAAAGGAGUUCUACAAGCCCAUAAUAAUAAUGAUCCACAUUUAUAUGCUGUCCCAGUGGGCUGGUGUUAACGUAUUGAGCACAUACAUCAUCGAUCUAUUGGACGUGUUAGUUGGCAAUGGAGUGGAUAUAAAACUGAUGGUCGUCGCUUUGGACUCCCAAAGGAUUGUGUCCAACGUUGUUGGCGUGUACCUCAUUAAGAAGCGGAAAAGACGGACUAUGCUUUUAGCAAUAGGUUGUCUAGCCAUGUUUGCAAUGCUAGCGACGGCCUUGUUCUCUUAUUUGCAGACAAACCAAAUUAUCACGAACGAUCACCGCCUAAUUGGAAUCCUGCUACUUCACUUGCACAUGCUGUCCGUCGGUAUCGGCAGUUUGCCGAUAAGCUUCAUAAUAGCCGGCGAACUCUUCCCCCUUGAAUUUAGAAGCUUAGCAGGUGGCAUCAGCGUGCUAUUCCACUCGUCGAGUUUCUUCAUCGUCAUCAAAACGGUGCCUUACCUCUUUAACACGAUCGGUCUACACGGUGCUUACUGUCUGUACACCUUAGUUUCGGGCUACUGCCUCAUGGUAGCGUGGUGGUUCCUACCAGAGACGAAGGACAGAACUCUACAAGAGAUUGAGGACGAGUUUCGCGGGACAUCUCCAGUGGAUAAAGCUGUAGAACUUCAGUCACUGGCAUCAUUA